AUGGCCCCGCCUGGGUGCCUCCCCCGCUGCCACCUUCGGGGGAGCUUCCACGGGCGGGGGCGCGCCCGACGUCCGCUGCCACCACCGCGGCAAUCCUUCUCGGGGCCCGGGGUUUCCCUCAGUAGCCCGGCGCUGCGCCCGAGAGGACCGCCGCGGCUCGGGCCGCCCCGCCGGCGCGGGGGGCGCGGCCCGGCCAACCGAAACCUCGCGCACGCCCCGCCGAGAGGCCGCGGCGACGACGGAAGCGGAGACCGCGGCCGUCGCCCCGCGGCGCCACCCGGCGGCGGCUCGCACACACGCGCGGCUCGCCCGGAGAGGCGCGACCCGGAACGGCCCCGGAGGGCCCGGCCCGUGGAGCUGCUCUGCCGCGCCAGGGGGCCGCUCGGCCGGGAGCGGGACACCUUUUUGCCGGGCGGGCGGCAAAAAAGCUCCCCCCUCCCCCGGUGCGGGACGGGCCGGAGGAGCCGCCUCCUCCGAGCCCCGAAGGCCUUCCCGCCCGCCCUUCGGGCCGCUUCUAUUCGCCUUUUUGCCAUCGGCCGCCGGAUGGGCCACGGCCGGGCGGCCGGCCGUCGCCCGGCGGGCGAAGAGGCGAGGGCAGGCGGGCGGGUGCGCCUCCGGGAGGGGCCGUGCCGAGGACCCCUGCCUCCCGACACGCGGACGGCUCUCUAG